AUCACGGGGGGGUUCGCGUCGCCUUGCGCGUUCUUCCGGAAAGUACAAACGUCCAUUUUGUCAGGACAGACGAUCCCGCCUAGUCGACGCCGGUGAAUACUAUAUUUCCCAUUUGCUGAAUUGUGAUUAUUUUUUUUAAACCAAAAAAACUUUCCCUUGGGGGAAAUUUGUGAGAAAAAUAUUCAAUUUCACUAUAUUGAAAAUUACAAAGCGUGUCGGUGAACAAGCCGGUUUUAGUGCGGAGUACAGUCUAGAGCAAAAUGGCGGAUCUGCAGGGAACACCAGUCACACAAGACGCCCUGUCCGUUGCUCAACUUGAGUUACAAGGAAAUCCAAAUGCCUUGGCAUUGCGAAGGCCCUUUGAUCCAGUGGCACAUGACCUGGACGCAACUUUCCGGCUAACACGAUUUGCGGAUUUAAAAGGAUGAGGGUGUAAAGUCCCUCAGGAGGUUCUUGGGAAACUCCUCGAGGGACUACAGGCCGAUGAUGGUAGCGCACAGGAUCAUGAACAUGCCCAUUUUAUGCACAUGGCUAUUCCUCGCAUUGGCAUUGGUAUGGAUUCCUCUGUGACUCCGUUGAGACACGGCGGUUUGAGUUUGGUUCAGACGACGGACUUUUUUUAUCCACUAGUCGACGAUCCCUACAUGAUGGGUAAAAUUGCAUGCGCAAAUGUCAUCAGCGAUUUGUACGCAAUGGGAGUGACGGAAUGUGAUAAUAUGUUGAUGUUAUUGGGAGUGAGUACUAAAAUGACUGAGAAGGAGAGAGACGUUGUUGUCCCAUUAAUAAUGCGUGGAUUCAAAGAUUCAGCAUUGGAAGCUGGAACAACGGUAACUGGAGGACAAACAGUCGUUAAUCCCUGGUGUACAAUCGGUGGAGUUGCGUCUACAGUUUGUCAACCAAAUGAAUAUAUUGUGCCAGAUAAUGCAGUUGUCGGAGAUGUUUUAGUUUUGACAAAACCGUUGGGAACACAGGUGGCUGUAAACGCGCAUCAGUGGCUCGAUCAACCGGAUCGUUGGAAUAGAAUUAAAUUGGUUGUCAGUGAAGACGACGUACGAAAAGCUUAUCAACGUGCUAUGGACAGUAUGGCGAGGUUGAACAGAAUAGCGGCACGAUUGAUGCACAAAUACAACGCCCAUGGAGCCACCGAUGUCACUGGUUUCGGUCUUUUGGGACACGCGCAAAAUUUAGCAAAACAUCAAAAGAACGAUGUUUCAUUCGUCAUUCAUAAUUUGCCCGUUAUCGCAAAAAUGGCCGCCGUAGCGAAAGCCUGCGGAAACAUGUUCCAACUUCUGCAAGGACAUUCGGCAGAAACUAGCGGAGGACUCCUUAUUUGCCUCCCUAGAGAACAGGCUGCAGCGUACUGCAAAGAUAUCGAGAAACAAGAAGGUUAUCAGGCAUGGAUUAUUGGCAUUGUAGAAAAAGGCAAUCGAACAGCGAGAAUAAUUGACAAACCACGAGUUAUAGAGGUACCAGCAAAAGAAAAAGACGGUGAGCUAUGGUAAAAGUUAAUCGCUAAUUUUUUAGCGAGGCUCAAUUUUAAAUUUUUAAAAAAAAGAAAACAAGUAUCACAGGAGAAACGAAAUCAUGUCAAAAUGAUUAAAAUCUCAUUUUCACAAAAAUAUUCUGCAAUCUGAAUUUCUGUAUUUUAUCUAAACGUGUCAGCACCUAAUUUGUUUCGUGAGAAGAAGGGAAAUUUUAUUUUCUACAUAAAAGAAUUUUUCUAUUCUGGCAAAAUGCGACUAAAAAAAAGAAGAGAAAAACAAUUUUUUUUAGUAUAAAAAAACUAGUACUGUUUAGAUCGUAAGUUUUUAUGAGUAGACUUAAGGUAGCACUAAGUUUUAGGGUUAAUGUUAAAAUUAAUGCAUUUUCAACAAAAAAACAAAAAACUUGCAUAAAGACAAGAAAAUUAAAGAAAUAUAUGAAGAAAUUGAGAAAAACAUUUUUUAAAGAAAUCAGCUAAAAUUAAGAGAUUCAAAAAGAGAACUUAUUAUAUAUUUUAAAGAAAAAAAUCUUGUUAAAUAGAUUGCACAAUUAUGCUUCUGAUAUAUUUGUAAACACUAUAUGAAAAUGUGAGAAAUUGUACUGAUUGUUUGUAUCCCAAUACGUUAAGAAUUUUUUUGUUUAAGAAAAAAGGAUUUACUAAAAAACAAUUUCAUGAUUUCAUUCAUCAAGUUUCAUUAAAAAUUGUUUUUUUUUUAUUAUAACAUGAAUAAUACAUUUUAUUUACUUUAAAUAGUGUAUUUUGAGAGAAAAAGAUCUUUUUUAAAAAAGGCUCAUUUUCGGCCCUAAAGUUGUACUACUUUUUGAUAAGAAAUAAAGUGCUACUUUGUAAAAAA